CCCUCCCUCCUUUUUAAUAAUCUUUCUACUCUAAAAUUUCAUCAAUCUGCACUUGAUUUAUAUCUAUAGUUUUCAAGAUAGAUAUAUACAUAUAAUAAAAAUAAGUAAAAUGGCUAAUUUGGUUUCAAGUUUGCCUUUUUCUCCUCUGUUUGCUUGUGAAAACAGACCCUUUUGCACACCAGUUCAGAUACACACUGUUUUUUCACCCACUGGAGGACGACAAGGUCGUGUUGCCGUAAUUGCAAAGGCUAGCAGUGGAAGCUCUGAGUCCUCUACCUCCUUAGACAUUGUUCAGUCUGUCCGAAGUUUUUGGGAUACACCUGAAGAUCGACUUGCUCUUUUUGGACUAGGAUUUGCAUCUGUUGUCGCUUUAUGGGCUUCAUUAACUGUAGUCACGGCUAUCGACAAACUUCCUGUUGUCCCUAGCGUAUUUGAACUCAUUGGCAUUUUGUUCACGACAUGGUUCACAUAUCGCUAUCUCUUAUUCAAACCGGACAGGAAAGAGCUGUUUCAGAUCAUUAACAAGUCGUUGGCUGAUGUUCUCGGUAAAUAAUUUGCAAUGAACGGAAAUAAGAGCUAAUACAGCAAAUGUUGUAGUUUUGUACCAUGGUUUUGUCUUGGAUUCUGUUAUGUUGUUGUGGUGAUGGACCUUGGACAUGAGAAAUCUGUAAAUUUAUCAAGUUCAACUAUAGGACAUGAUCUGUUUUAAUUUGUAACAACAAUAAAUGCUUUGUGUUUAAUGUGAAUAAGUUUUAAGUUGUUUCUUACUA